AUGGCGGCCAACGGAGGGUGGACGCGUCCAGUGAAAAUGGGGAGGCGUGGGUGGAGCCCCUGGGGACACUCAAUUGCCCGCCUGUGGGCCAACUGGCAUGAUGGACAGGGGAAAGGCGUCCUGAGCGGCUUCAUCACUGCGGCGAUUGGAGAAGGGAAUGUUCUGCGCGUUACCCUACCGGUGUGUUAUAAAGCGAGCGAAAAGGAAAAGGGUCGGCCUUCUCUCUGGCUGGCAGACAAUGUUCACAUUGUGGGUAUUUGGCUGGCAUCCCGUAAUGUGCAUGCUGCUGCCGCCAGCUCCCUUUUUUACGAAGGUGGUGAAGGCGAGGAUGAUGGGGAGGAGUUGAUUUUACUGUGCGGGAAGAAGGACGAUGGGGAAUGGGCGCGCAGCCAUUUGUCUGUGUGCCUGACUGCGAAGCUGAAACGGGCGAAGAAUUUGGUGAGGACUUUGAAGGAGCUGUACAUUUUUGUCUUCCAGUUCUGCCCUUACUCAAAUGUCAAGAAAAAUCUUCUGUCCGUCGAGGGCUGCGACACUUUCAUGCCUCCAGCCGGGCUGGUUGGAUGUUUGUCCGGCAAUUAUCCGAGAGUACAUGGAGGGAAGAGGGGACUGGGGGCUGAACGCUACGG